GGGCACUUACCAAACACCGAGAAGUUUCAUUCCCAUUCACGCAUAGAGAGAGAGGAUAACAGAUCUGCGUCUAAUUUCCGGCGAGUGUUAGUCCACGUCGACGUUAACUGAUAGAAGACGGCCAGCAUCCUCUAUGGUAAGCGAUUCGCACAAACAUCGUACAAUGGUGAACCCCAAAAGUCUACUUUCAGGGUUCGAAUUUUUAGAUCUAUAUUAGAUUCAAUUUAUACAUAGUCAGCUUAAUAUUGUUUAUAAUUUAAAAUGGGUUUUUCUUCUUUUUUAGAUCUGGAUAUGAUUGAUGUUUUUUAGAUCUGUGUGUGAACACUGCCAAGAUCCGAAUUUGAUAACUUUUUUAAAUUGUAUUCUCCGUUGAUUUAAAAGCUUAUGAGCUUGCAUGCUUUGGUUCAAUGUCUUUUGUGGUUUAAAAAAAUCGAACUGAGUAAAUUCUGUCUCAAUUUAUACGGAAAAUGUUCAAUACCUUAAGUUCACUUUUAAAUUAGAAGACUCAUUCAAACAUGUAUAUAAAAAACCUUUUAUCUACACUUUGAGUUCAAUUUAAUGUUUGAGUGUUUUUUUUUAAUAUUCUCAACUUAUAAAAUAUUUUCUUCACAUUCAGGAUGAUUUUUUUUAUUUGUUAUCUUCUUCAAGUGUAUGUAUUUAGGUUGAUGUAUGUUUUUUUCUGUUAUAAAUAUGUGUUGGUAAUAUUCUUUUUCUUUUGAGGGAAGAGAAAAGAGAUUGACCUCUUCACUGAGAAGCUAUUAAAUCAUGAAGCAUUUUUUACUAUCAGUCAUGGCAUUCUGUUGGGCCGAGAAAGAACGAUGGUGAAUUUGUACGUAAAGGCGGAGCCGCCGGCGGAUCUGAACCGGAACACGGAGUGGUUCACAUACCCGGGGGUUUGGACGACCUACAUAUUCAUCGUCUUCUUCUCGUGGCUCGUCGUUCUCUCCGUCUUCGGCUGCUCUCCCGGCAUGGCUUGGACCACAGUCAAUCUCUCCCACUUCGCCAUCACUUAUCACUUCUUUCACUGGAAGAAGGGAACCCCAUUUGCUGAUUACCAGGGAAUGUACAAUGGAUUGACUUGGUGGGAGCAAAUAGACAAUGGCAAGCAAGCUACCCACAAAAGAAAGUUUCUAACUGUUGCGCCUGUGGUUCUGUAAGUUCUCUCUAGUUCAUUCUCGGGCAUGAUCAGUGUGGCACAUGUUUCCUCUAAUGAUAUGCACAGUUUGCUAGUCAUUGAAUUUUGGCACUUUGUUUUCUCCAUCUGAUAGACAUCACACUCCCUCCCCACAAAAAAACCUCUUCAGAGGAAAAGUAUACAUUUGAUUAUUCUGUUUUUAUAAUUCUUUGGGCUCCCCAUCUUUGUUUACAAAGAGUAUGUUUGUCAGGCGUAAAUGUGUUUGCUAUGGGUAAAUUUGUUGAUAUUUUGGCUUCUAUACAAAAAGAGAAAAUGCUGGAAAGCUAUGUUAUUUUAUUCAUUCAGAGAGCACAUGCACAUGCAUGUAAGGAGUUAUAAGUAUAUCAAGCUAUAGAAUUGGGCUAACAUUAGGCUUAAGCUUAGUUAUGUCUCACGAUAUCUAGCUUCCCCACCUCCAAAUUGGAGCACAUAUAGGGCGGACCCAGAAAACUCUUAUAGUGGUGUCAGAAACAAUUUAAACAUUUUUGGUAUUUAAACAUUUUGCAUCCAAAUAUGGUGUUCCUAAAUGUCAUCUUUGGCCAUCAAAAAAUGAUAUUCAGAUUCCCUUUUUAGCAUUUGAAAUAUCACCAACCGUCCAACCCAAAAAAGGAAUAGUCUACACAUGUGCCUUAAACAAACCUAUUUGCGAUGGAUAUUUGAUAACCAAGCCGUAUUCAACAGAAAAAUAUAAUUUAUAUAAAAUUUUAUGCAAUUCUUGCUUGCAUCAUAUAUCCAAAUUCAAUUUAGAAAACAAAGAAAUUCUAUGUAUAGGUUUCUGAAAAACAAUUCCACUGGUGUGAAUUGACUCCACUGGCCUCUUACUAAGUCCGCCCAUGAAUUAUAUUUAUCAUACCCAACUUUGCUUAAGAGUAUCAAACUCUUAGAGCCUUAGUGAACAAAACUCCUAGCUGUUCUAAGGUCUUCUGUCUUCACAUUAUGCCUCUUUGAAUCUUUUAUUUUACAAAAUGACAGUGGGCCUCAAUAUGCUUUGUUCUUGCAUGAACAAUUAGAUUAGAUGGAAUUUUGUAUACUUUAUUGCAGCUUGAUUGCCUAAGAAGCAUUGGUGUUUCCAAUCUAGUAUCCUGCAUGAGUCGAUAUCUCUGAAAUAUGUCGAGUGUGGAUUGUGCUGUAGUAUGAUAUUCUGUUUCUUCACAAGACUGAGUUACCACAACUGUUUCUUACCUUUCCAUGUCACAAAAUAUCCACCAGCAGAACCUGUCAUGGAUCACCAAUCGUUCUUGGAUCAUGAUGUAUCCAUCAAUUUGAUGGACAACACUGUAUCCCAGUGCUCCCUAACACAAAAUAUCUUCAAUAAUCAAUCGUAGGAGUUUCCAUAUAUUGACUUACCACACUUACUAAAUUACUGGGUAGGCAAUGUCAGUGUGAGAUAUUUCAACAUCCCUAUAAAUCUUCCUUUAUCUCUUAGGUUCUUCUUAGGUUCUUCUAAUAGGAGUUUAGGUUCUUAGGUUCUUCAUAUUUAGGUUCUUCUAAUGAGUAUGCUUUUCUUAUUUUGUUUUUUCUUCAACCUCAAGAAAUAUUUCCACAAGCCAAGGUCUUUUUGUUUGAGUUGAACUGUUGAAGGAAUAUUUUAAGAGCCAAAGUUUCAGGUGCAUUAUUGCAUGUGAUAAGAAUAUCAACAACUAAGAUGAUACCUAUUUUUGCAUGUUUGUAAAUGAUAGAACGUUCUCAUUGUGUUAUACCAAUCACAACUGUUCAACAGUACUUUUCAAAUUGGGUAUCGAUCGAGACUGUUUCAGACCAUGCAAAGGUUUUCAAAGUCUAGAGACCUUUCCAUACUCCCCUUAAGAAAAAAAAUUGGAGGUUGCUCCAUUUCAAACAACCAAAAUUUUAAAGUUUAAGCUAUUUAAUCUUAAAUACUCCCUCCGUCCUAAAAUUAACUUCUCAUUUGACU